GCCACGACAGAGUCCGCGCGGGCGUUGGACCAGCAAGAUGAAGUUCUACAUCGAUACCCUCCCCGUGCUGUUCCCUUACCCUAGGGUAUAUCCUGAGCAAUAUGCAUACAUGUGCGAUCUCAAACGGACGCUGGACCGAGGUGGCCAUUGUGUUCUCGAGAUGCCUUCAGGCACAGGUAAAACUGUGUCGUUGCUCUCACUGAUUGUGGCAUACCAGCAGCAUUAUCCUGAAAAGCGGAAGCUCAUUUAUUGCUCACGUACCAUGUCGGAAAUUGAGAAGGCGCUGGCGGAACUGAAGGCGUUGAUGAAGUACCGAACGGAAGAGCUAGGAUACGAUGAGGAGUUUCGAGGGCUAGGAUUGACGAGCCGAAAGAACUUGUGUCUGCAUCCGUCUGUUAAGCGCGAAAAAAGUGGCAGCGUUGUCGAUGCACGCUGUCGAAGCUUAACGGCGGGCUUCGUCAAAGAGAAGAAAGAACGGGGCGAAGAUGUCGACCUCUGUAUCUAUCACGACAAUUUGGAUCUCUUGGAGCCACACAAUCUGAUACCUGCCGGUGUGUGGACGUUUGACGGCAUACUCAAGUACGGCGAGCAGCAGAAGCAGUGUCCGUACUUUACUGCGCGGCGAAUGAUGCCUUACUGCAACGUCAUCAUCUACUCGUACCACUAUCUCCUAGAUCCAAAGAUUGCGGAUAGGGUGUCCAAAGAGCUGUCAAAAGACUGCAUAGUAGUCUUUGACGAGGCUCAUAACAUUGACAACGUAUGCAUCGAGUCGCUCAGCAUUGAUUUAACCGAGGACUCGUUACGGAAGGCGACCAAAGGAGUAAAUAACCUGGAUCGCAAAAUCACGGAGAUGAAGAGCACGGAUGCCGAAAAGCUACAAAACGAGUACGCCAAGCUUGUCGAAGGAUUAAGAGCGGCGGAUGAGGCACGCAAUGAGGAGGCCUUCAUGGCAAAUCCGGCGUUACCGGAUGACCUACUUACAGAAGCUGUGCCUGGCAACAUAAGACGAGCAGAGCACUUUGUCGCAUUUCUAAAACGAUUUAUCGAGUAUCUGAAGACGCGGAUGAAAGUUCUCAACGUCGUCUCAGAUACACCGCCAGCAUUCCUGCAACAUCUUCGCGACCUCACUUUCAUCGAGCGGAAACCGCUGCGCUUCUGUGCCGAGCGUUUGACAUCACUCGUCCGAACUCUGGAACUCACAAAUAUCGAAGACUACCAACCGUUGCAAGAAGUCGCCACAUUCGCCACACUUGUAGCAACCUACGAAACCGGCUUUCUCCUCAUCAUCGAACCCUUCGAAUCUGCAACUGCCACGGUGCCGAACCCUGUCCUACACUUUACUUGCCUCGACGCGGCGAUCGCCAUCAAACCCGUCUUCGAGCGCUUCUACUCCGUCAUUGUAACCUCGGGAACCAUGUCGCCGCUUGACAUGUACCCGCGCAUGCUCAACUUCAACACCGUCGUCCAAGAAUCCUUCACCAUGACCCUUACACGGAAAUCCUUCCUCCCUAUGAUCGUCGACCGCGGCAAUGACCAAAAUCAAGUAACCUCCCAAUUCGAACACCGCAACGAUCUGCAAGUACAGCGAAACUUCGGCACGCUCCUCAUCGAAUUCUGCAAACUGACGCCUGACGGUGUGGUCGUUUUCUUCCCAUCGUACUUGUACAUGGAGAGUAUCAUCAGUGCGUGGCAAGGCAUGGAGAUCUUGGACACGGUAUGGAAAUACAAAUUGAUUCUCGUCGAAACACCCGAUGCGCAGGAGACAGCCCUUGCGCUCGAAACCUUCCGCACAGCAUGCAACAACGGCCGCGGCGCCGUGCUCCUCUGUGUCGCGCGUGGUAAAGUGUCAGAAGGUAUCGAUUUCGACCACCACUACGGGCGCACUGUGCUGUGUAUGGGUGUCCCAUAUCAGUACACCGAGUCCCGCAUUCUCAAAGCACGCUUAGAGUUCCUACGUGAAACGUACAGGAUCAAAGAGGCGGAUUUCCUUUCUUUCGACGCUAUGCGUCACGCUGCACAGUGUCUGGGUCGUGUCAUCCGCGGUAAAGAUGACUACGGUAUCAUGGUUCUGGCAGACAAGCGCUUCAACAAGAAAGUCACCCAACUUCCCAAAUGGAUCCAACAGGGUCUCGACGCAAAGUCGACAAAACUCUCCAUCGACCAGGCUGUUGGCACCGCCAAGGCCUUCUUGCGCGAUAUGUCAGUUCCCUGGUCGAGAGCUGAGCAAGAAGGGCAUUCGAGCUGGAGCUUGGAAGAGCUACAAGCUCAUCAAAAGAAGAAGGAAAUAGAAGGAAUCAGCGGCACGGAUAACCCGGCUAUGCGCGCAUUAGAGGGCAGGGCCGAAAUAGAACCAGGUCCUGAGGUAGACGAAUUUGGCGGCGCGGAUAUGGAUGCCGUCAUGGCGAAUUUGGACGAGUAGUAUGCAUAUACAUGUAUUCUUUUCCCGCUACCUGCAGGUUAUUCGGUUGGCGAAGAUACCAUGGAAAUUGAGGGUAGUCUGCGUUUGCGUUCUCGGUCUGGCGCAGGGGGUUUGUAUAAGCAUACAUUGAGGAUAUCAAAAUGUAAAACGAAUGUCAUACGUAAUCAUCCCAUACAAUCUACGUCGCAGAAUCCAGUACUUUAUCUCCAUGGUUCGGUACAAUCUACAUGUCUCAAAUUUAUAAGUCUCUUCACAAGACUGAGUUUGAACCUUUCCUCCCUCAUGUCCUCGUAGCCUACUCUCACCCAUCCAUCCUAGUGAGCUGGUUCUAAAAGGACUAGGUAUAUAGAAAUGUCUGCCCGUAUGCAUUAGUAAUACGGCUAACGGGGUAUAGCCAAUAGUACUAAAAAUUUUGAAUUAGAGUGGAAUGUUAGGAAUGAAGGAUUUUUGCAGAUGGACGGGUGU